CGGAGGCAAGUCUGGAUCUACAUUUUGUAAGACCAAAGAUGACAGAUAUGUGCUGAAAGAGAUGACGAAACCCGAAUGGCAGCAGUUCUUGGAGUUUGCGCCGCACUACUUUAACUACGUUACUACCUGCAGACAGAAUAAACAGCCAAGCUUGCUAGCGCGCAUCCUGGGCGUGUUCAGCGUGGGCGGCGCGGGGUCGGGCGUGCUGGUGCUGGAGCACGUGUGGUACGGCUGCGGCGGCGCCACGCGCUUCGACCUCAAGGGCUCCAGCCGCCACCGCCUCGCGCCCGGCUCCAGCCCCGCCGUGCUCAUGGACGAGAACCUGCUCAACCUCCGCUGGGAGACCCCGCUGUACGUGCAGUCGCACACGGGCGCGGUGUUGUGGGACAGUAUCGAGCGCGACUCCAGCUUCCUGGCCGCGCAUGACGUCAUGGACUACUCGCUGCUGCUCGGCCUGCACGGCAACACGCUCGUGCUCGGCAUCAUCGAUUAUAUUCGCACUUUCACCUGGGAUAAGAAGCUAGAACAUUUAGUGAAGAAGAACCUUGGUUCUGGACAGCCCACGGUGGUGUCGCCCGAGCAGUACAAGCGCAGGUUCUGCAACGCGGCGAGGAAGUACUUCCUGCAGUGCCCCUCGCAUUGGGACCAUCUGUAUAACACUAUACACGCGUAGACCCAUGACCCCUACCCCUGGGGUCCUAUGUAAAGUUAUAUUAUAGCUAUUGUAAAAGAAAGACGGCGAAGUUCAGGGCGUUAACCGGCGCCUCAUCUUCUUUCGACGUCAACUGCUCUAGCCAAAGGACUUUUCUAGAAUUGUCGACGUGAAACAACGCUAAAGUAUGGAAAGAUAGUUAAAGCUAUUCAAUCUCUUGUAAUGUUUAUAUCCACGAAGGAAAGUACUCCUUAAUUUUCCAAUUGUUAUAGUAUUAAUAUUUCAUACUUACCAGUCACACAGAUAGACAAAAUAUUGAUUUACUUUAUGACUUGGGGGCUCAUUGAAUUAAGAGUAAAAAUGUUUAUAUAGAAAAGAUCAGAAUUUUGAAUGAGUUUUUAAUCCAGAGACUAAAUGCUUUACUCUCAUGGAUAAAUUAGUUCUUUUAGAAUGUUUUAUACAGUAUUGUAUAUUUGAAACUAUUACGAUGUUUUUUUUUUAAGUUUAGUAAAAUGAUCUGUUACGUAAUCAUGUAUUAAAGUGCAGAACUCAAAAUCAAAGAUAAUUAUUAUUUAUACACACAUAAAGACGAUAGAA